AUGUUGCUGGACUCGAGACACCUCGAUCUAAACGAGGCGAAGCUGCCCAAAGCGGCGAGCUUCAAGUUGCUACAGGCUUUCUUGCAAGACCUGGCGUUCCCGCAACAGGAUUGCUUCCUGAUCACCGACCUUUAUCGAUGGCGUGCCCACAAUCUCGCACCUAAUGUCGGCCCCCCUCCGAUGACUACCAUUGGUCCGCCGUCGAGUGGAUGA